AUGCAAGAAUCGAAGCAACAGAAGUCACCACCGAAACAGACGAAGCCAGAAGAACAUAUUUCGACUGUUUUGAUCAAUCCAGUUCAACCUGUUGUUGAUGAACACGCAAUGGAAACCAUUCCAUCAAAAUCUGGUGUCUUUCGAAGACUUAAUAAGAAGUCUAGUGGUUCACGAAAGUCUCCUACCAUGCUUCGUAAACCACAUCUUAAUCACCAAGGGGUCCUUAUUCGUAAGGUUCCAGCUCCUGUUUCUCCUUCAUCAAAUAAACGAACAGUUGGAGACAUGGCCAAACAUAUUUCUGAGAAGAAGCUAAAGAAACAUAUGGAGUUAGCAACUGCGAAGUGA